UGGCCUCCUAUCACUCGACCCGAAGUCAGCCGACUGUAAAAUCACUGACAUGCGUGAAGGCAUUGAACAGGAGAUGUGAAAGCGGGUGAAAGAGACAAUUGUGCAGGUCGAGUGGAUUGAAAUCCACUGGUGGCUAGCGAGAAAUUCUGUGUGGUCUGCCCUUAAAGGCGUGGCACCCUAUUCCGUGCCCUGAUUGGUUGCCACCAUGCCCUCACCUGUUACCGUCAUCGUGGUGGGAGCUGGGAACCGUGGAGAAACCUACUCCCAGUUUGCCCUGGUCCACCCUCAUCGAAUGCAGGUGGUCGGGGUGGCUGAGCCCCGGCUCUUUGCCCGGCAGAAGCUCCAGAGACAGCACCACAUCGCAGAGCAGAACGUGCACGAUGACUGGCGUUGCGUUGCGGAGAGGGAGAAGUUUGCGGACGCAGUGUUCAUCUGCACCCCUGACCGGUUCCACAAGGACCCCGCAGUGGCUCUGGCCAAGCGAGGCUACCACAUCCUGCUGGAGAAGCCCAUGGCUGCGACUGUUGAAGACUGCACGGAGAUUUGCGAGGCCUGCAUUCAGAGUAAUGUGAUGCUCACAGUCUGCCAUGUGCUCAGAUACGACCCCGCCAUCCACAAGAUAAAGGAGCUGAUUGACGCUGGAGCGAUAGGAGAUGUGAUGCACAUUCAGCACUUCGAGCCGGUGGGAUUCUAUCAUUUCGCCCACUCGUUUGUACGAGGGAACUGGAGGAAUGAAGCCACGAGCUCGUUCGCCCUGUUGGCCAAGUCCUGUCAUGACCUGGAUCUCAUUCACCACUGGGCGGGAGGUCGCAGGUGUAUAAAGGUGUCGUCGUUUGGGUCUUUGAACCACUUCACCAAAGAAAACAAGCCCCAGGGAGCUGCAGCGCGAUGCUUAGACUGUCCAGUAGAGGGCGCCUGUCCGUACUCUGCACGCAAGAUCUACCUGGACAAAGUUAAAGAGGGCUGUGUGGGCUGGCCUGUGUCGGUGGUGUGCUCCAGCUCUGUGCCCGACAUCGAGUCUGUGACGGAGGCGCUGCGCACAGGGCCCUACGGUCGCUGUGUGUACGAGUGUGACAACGAUGUCUGCAGCAACCAGGUGGUGAACAUGGAGUUUGAGGGGGGUCUUACCGCUGCUUUCUCCAUGGUGGCUUUCACUGAGGAGAUCUGCCAACGCAAGACCACCAUCUACGGCAGUAAGGGGGAGCUACGCUAUGAAGGGCGUGGGGUUCGCGUGUUUGACUUCCUCACCCAGAGGGCCACUGUGCACACCCCAGCCUCUGCAGUCCCCAAGCUCUUCAGCAUGAACGGCCACGGGGGGGCCGACUACCACCUGCUGGACGCCUUCAUCUCCGCCGUGGCUAGUGGAGACCCGUCUCUGGUUCGCUCUGGCCCAGAGGAGACCCUGUCCAGCCACAGGCUGGUGUUCGAGGCUGAGCGCGCUCGCAGGGAGAGCCGGGUGGUGUUCUGCAGCCGGGACCAGCACGCCAACGGGAUCGAGUGACCCAGUCAGGGGCCACGCCCCCCAAACACACUCGCAGUGAGUGACAGCCGAGAGAACCCUGUGAUUAUAUUCUCAUUUCCUGCUCAACCGCUGCUUUUAUCGACGUUCACUGGUUUUAUCUGCAACGGACGUUCAGACGUUGCCCGACAGCUUAAAGCCCAGGUGUCCGCUUCCAGGCGAUGAGCAACUAUAUAUUCAAAAGCAAUUCAUUAUGCUUUUUUAAAAAAAAUGUUUACAAAAUUUUCCAAAUGAAAUAAUGCAUUGUUGCAAAAUAUAGCCAACACUAUAAAAUGGCAAAGAAAUUACAGAAAUCUUUGGUUGACAGCAGCAAGGAAUGUUGGUGACGGUGCUAAUGGGUAGCUAGUUCAAAACAUGAAGAGACUGAUCAUUUAUUUAUUCCUUAAUGUGUAAUGUGUAAUUGUAGAACAAUUAUGGGGGGUGGGGGUGCAGAUUCAUGACAGGAUUAUAGGAAACCCCCCCCAGCAAAUGGUGCAGUAAUUCUAACGUUCACCAGGAACGUUUCCGUGUGAACACCACUGGAGGGAGCCAUUUCUCCAAAGCUAUAAAUCUGUUGGGAACAUACUUUGAGGCCAAAAGGAUUCAGAACUACAGACAUCUGUGCUCGAGUUCAACUUCAUUUGUCACGUUCCUAACGUUAAGUUCAAGUUCUGGGGCAGCCUGUAGCAUAGUGGUUAAGGUAACUGGGACACGCAAGGUUGGUGGUUUGAAUCUUCUGUGUAGCCACAAUAAGAUCUGCACAACCGUUGGGCCCUUGAGCAAGGCCCUUAACCCUGCAUUGCUCCUUAUCUCCUGCUAAGUCUAAUCAACUGUACGUCGCUCUGGAUAAGAGCGUCUGCCAAAUGCCAAUAAUGUAAUGUAAUGUAAAAUGAAAACCUGUCGAAUGCUUUCUAUUCGCAAUGUAUAUCAGCAUUUACAUGUUACAGAAAGACACAGUGUUACACACAUUUCCAUACAAAAUAGCAGUAAUGCAUUUUUGUAUUAUAUGUGUGUUUUGAAUUUAAAGGUUUAUAGUCUUGAAGUAAUGAUUA